AUGGUCAGCGUAUCGCGAAUGAUGCCGGUGCCUAGUGCCCGGUCGGAACCCAUCCCAUACCACAGUCUCAUGACGCUGGUGAUGAAAUACAGAUUUGGCAACAUGUAUCGGCUGCUGUUCACGCUUUGCUAUCUGAUUGGAAUUGUGAUUGAGGUGCUACGACGGGUGUUGGCGUCGUCAGAUGACUCCUCAUGGUGGUGGUGCCUGUUACCUCUACGAGCCUCUUGGCUACUACUGGGUCUGUUGCCGGUCGUCAUCAUGAGAAAGGCCGACCUGCACAUACGGGAGCUGCCGUACCUGUCACUGGCUGCUGAGAUCUGUGAUCGUAUCUUCUCAACCACGUUUGUCGUCACCUUCGCAGCAUACAUGCUGUCAGCAUCCAUGUUCUUCGGUUACUACACCAAGGCCAUGUCGACAGAGAACUCGGCCUUCACCACCCGAGCUACCCCGUUGACCCAGCCUAUGCUAAACGAGAAUGCCCUUUACCUGAUGGUGUUCCCAAUUGCUCUGUCUCUGGCCCAGUCGGUGCUCCACAUCGCCAAGGACAUUGACAAGCUCAUUGUACAGCCUGUGACCGAAGAACCCGCUCGACCCAUGGAGAGACUCAAGCACCAGAUGACCGACAUUGUCAAAAAUGCAGGCACUCUGUCGGCGGGCUUCUCUCUGGUCGUCUACCCCAUCAUGUUCUACCCCAGCUUCCGCACCAAGAUCUGGAACAUCACUAUGUCACUGUCGGGCUACUGGUACGGACUCAACAAGGCACAGACCCCCGAGGUGUAUCCCGGUCUACGAUUCUCGCUGGUCAUGGACACUUUCAUCGCCUCAGCAAUCCUGUUGCUUCUGUGGAAUCUCGUCAACACCACCUUCUCCAUCUACAUGUCUCUGGGACCUCUACGCAAGGGCGAAGGAAUCAGUGAAUCGUCUCCCGACAGAAACGGAACUUUGGUAUCGGGACUGCGAGACUCCAAGCACGUUUACCCGCAAUCGGUGGCAUUCCAGGAGCUGCUCUACGUGGCCCUCUUCUCUCCACAGGGACGAGUCCAAAUGUUUGAAGAUCUCAGCAGAGAUCAGAGCAUGUGGGUCGAGGUAUACGCCGAGUGCAAGAAACAGAUUGUAGCUGUGACCGAGGCAGCCAAUUCGUCCAUUGGUAAAGUCAAGUCCAAGCCGAAGCCCAACCCCUUUGACUACAAGGGCAAGCAGCAGGCCGACCUGGUGUCUACGGCCCGUCCCGAGGCUCCCCAAAUCGUCAUCAGAAGGGACAACAUCUUCAAGAACCCCAAACCGGAUUUCCCCAAGGUGGUUCAGGUGUUCCAAGACAAGGAGGCUACUACUUCCAACCAAUUUUCCGAGUCUGUGUCUGAGCUCUUCAAGACGUUCACCGAGCUUCUGGGCGGCUACCAGACCCAGAUGAUUCAGCUCCUCAGACUUCCAAUUGGCGCUCCUUUCAGACAGACCAUCCAGAGACGAUGUAAGCGAAUUGUGCCUGAGCCAUUACUCACUUGCAACGCCAUCAUGGCUCUGUCAUUCCUAGUCUUCCACUCCAUCGACGAGGACCGGUAUGGAAGCGUGCAGAGAACCAUUCCCGAGAUUCUGGACACUUUGUGCCAGUCCAUGGUUGCUCUAGACGAGCUGCUGCGAAAGCCCCCUGUGAGCUGGACCGACGUCAAGUUCAACCCUGACGAUAUCGACGAGGAAAUGUCCGAUAUCGUUUUCAUUCGGUCUUCGGCCCAAACGGCAUUUUCUCGAAUCGUGUUCCGGUUCGAGCAGUGGAUCGAGGGUAUGGAUCUGACUCCUCUUGUCCAGCGAGAGAUCCGCAAGCUUUAUAGCUAG